UUUCUAUUUGGCACGUGGGGAGCAGACGUCCAACAGCACUGUCCAACAUGGCGGCGUGCAGUGUGGAAGCGCUGCUUGCUAAAGCUGAGCAAGAAGAGGCCGAAAAACUGAAAAGCAUCUCCGUCCAGAAGGAGCUGGACCUGGAGUUUGACAUCGGCAACCUGCUAGCUUGUGACAAAAACCGCAUCGACCUGCGGGAGUUCAGAGAGCAGAAGAAAGAAGACUUCCUGCGGUCGCUAGCUCGUGACAACACGCAGCUGCUCAUCAACGAGAUCUGGAAGCAGCCCACGGAGAGAGUCCAGGAGGCGAUAGUGGUCAAACUACCCGAACCGGCGACCCCGCUGCCCAGAGAGAAACCACCUCCGAAGGCCAAACCACCCACAAAAUGGGAGCAGUUCGCCAAGCUGAAGGGCAUACAGAAGAAGAAGAAGACCAACUUGGUGUGGGACGAAACAGCGAAGGAGUGGAAGAGGCGCUGGGGCUACAAGAGGGCUAAAGACGACACCAAAGAGUGGCUGAUCGAGGUGCCGGAGACCGCAGACCCGAACGAGGACCAGUUCGCCAAACGCGUCAAAGCCAAGAAGGAGAGGGUGGCUAAAAACGAGUACAACCGGCUGAAGAACAUCGCCAGGGCGCAGAAGGGCAAAGUGCCAGUCAUGGGGCUGGCCACCUCAACCCAGCAGUCCAAAGACGAGCUGUCUCUAGCUGUGAGUGUGGCCAGGACCUCCACAGCAUCCGUGGGCAGGUUCCAGGACCGCCUGCCCAAAGAGAAGGCACCAAAGAACACGGGCAAGAAGAGGAAGUUCGAGCCCCUCAUCGGUGACUUUUCCAGCGAGAGGCACAAGCAGCUGGAGCUCCUCAAGCUCAUGGACGGCAAGAAGCCCAAGCUGGACAUCACCAAGGCUGUCAAUAAGCAGAUGAGAGAGGAGGACAGGGAGGAGGCGGCGGCCAAGUACAAGAAGAGGGCAGGGAAGAAGGGACGCAAAGGAGGCAACAUGUCAGGGAAGGGCAAAGGGAAGGGUGGGAAGGGGAAAGGAGGUAAAGCUGGAGGAGGAGGAGGAGGGAAGCGGAGAGGCAAACCUGGGAAACACUGAGGACUUCCUGUAACCUGCUACACCUGACUGUGCCUUGAUCAUCAGAGCAUUGGACUGGACUGAUAUGAUGCGAUAUGAAGUGACUGAUGAUCUUGUGUCAAGUCCAGAAUGUCUGUGGCUCUUUCACCGUACGUUUAAAACUGUCACCAGACUCUUUUAAAUGUCUGUCCCAGCAUCAUGGAGGCUAACUGAUCAAUAUGUUUAUUAUAAAUGGAAAAUAUCUAAACUGCUGCCAGAAUUUAAAAAAACAAACAAACAGAUAAUUGUGAUUCCUUUUCCCGUUUGCAUUCAGAAUUUACUAGGUCAGCAUGUUAGAGAUAAGACACAUGGCAACAAGAAAAGAAGUAGAGCUGCAGUGACUGACUAGUUUUCACCUGUUUAUAUUAAUCACCAUCUGUUUUUGAUGAUCGUUUAGUCCGUUUGAGUAAUUCGGCUUCUUCAGUGUGAAUAUUUCAUGGUUGAACUGAAAAUCUUGACAUCAUUUGACAUUUGAGGAUAUCAUCUUGGGGACCGAUUCAACAUUUUUCACCAAUUUCUAGCAAAGAAACUAAUCAUAUAAUUGCAAAAUUAAUCGACAGAUCAGUCGACAAUGACAGUAGUUACUGGAAUCAGCCCUUACACAGUGCAUCGUUCCAAAACUAAGAAUUUUUAUAUUGGGAAGAUUGAGAUUGCCCUCUAAAAAUGUUAUGUAAGAUGCAAAUAAUGACAUUUUUCACAUAUGUUCAAUGUUAUCAGAAAUACAGUAAGCUGGUGUUAUAAUGUGUAAACAUGUCACAGUCUACAGCAGUGUUACUGACGUUCAGAGUGACAUAACAGGAUUCAGACUUUCACCCAUGUGACAUGUCAUCAUCAGUAAAAAAGCCUUUUCAUUGGUCUGUGUGUCAAGUAAAAAGGAUGAUAUUAUUAUUAUUAGUUGGCUGUAUUCACAUAAGAUAAAAAAUGAAAACUGUAAUUAUAUUGACAGAUUUGAUUGCCUUGUGAUUCAUGAUUGGCCCAAAUGAAUGUUUUUGCGUUGUAAUUUUCAUUUCAGUGAAAAAAAAAUAUACAGUUAAAUCCUGA